AUGCCUUCAACUCCAUCCCUGAAGGUGGUCCACAAAGGGGCUACCUGUCCUGCCUGCACGGGGCCCCUACAGGAUGCGGUGACUACCACCUGUGGACACACCUUCUGCCGGCUCUGCCUCCCCCUGCCCGCCCAGAUGGGAUCCCAGCCCUCAAGCAAGGUCUUGCUCUGUCCACUCUGCCAGGAGGAGGAGCAGCCAGAGACCAUGGUGGCUCCUGUGCCCCUGGGCCCUCUGGGGGAGACCUACUGUGAGGAACACGGAGAGAAGAUCUACUUCUUUUGUGAGAAUGAUGCUGAGUUCUUAUGUGUGUUCUGCCGGGAGGGCCCCUCCCACCAGGCCCACACCGUGGGGUUCCUUGAUGAGGCCAUCCAGCCCUACAGGGAUCGUCUCAGGAGUCGGCUGGAAGCUCUGAGUGGGGAGAGGGACAAAAUUGAAGACAUAAAGUGUCAAGAAGGCCAGAAGCUCCAAGUGCUUCUGACUCAGAUUGAAAGCAAGAAACAACAGGUAGAAACAGCUUUUGAGAGGCUGCAGCAGGAGCUGGGGGACCAGAGGUGUUUCCUGCUGGCCAGGCUAAGGGAGCUGGAGCAGCAAAUCUGGAAAGAAAGGGAUGAGUAUGUCACAAAAGUCUCUGAGGAGGUUGCCCGGCUUGGAGCCCAGGUUGAGGAGCUGGAGGAGAAGUGUCAGCAGCCAGCAUAUGAGCUUCUGCAAGAUGUCAGAGUCAACCAAAGCAGGUAUGAAGUGAAGACUUUUGUGAGUCCAGAGGCCAUUUCUUCUGACCUUAUCAAGAAGAUCCGUGACAUCCACAGGAAAAUACUCACCCUCCCAGAAAUGAUGAGGACAUUUUCAGAAAACUUGGCACGUCAUCUAGAAACAGAUUCAGGGGCCAUCACUCUGGAUCCUCAGACCGCCAGCCGCAGCCUGGUCCUCUCGGAGGACAGAAAGUCGGUGAGGUACACGCGGCAGAAGCAGGACCUGCCCGACAGCCCCCUGCGCUUCAACGGUCUCCCGGCGGUGCUGGGCUCCCCGGGCUUCUCCUCCGGGUGUCACCGCUGGCAGGUGGAGGUGCAGCUGGGAGACGGCGGUGGCUGCACUUUGGGGGUGGCCGCGGAGGACGUGAGAAGGAAGGGGGAGAUGGGCCUGAGUGCCAAGGAGGGCGUCUGGGCUGUGAUCAUCUCGCACCAGCAGUGCUGGGCCAGCACGGCCCAGGGCACCGACCUGCCGCUGAGCGACAUCCCACGCUGUGUGGACAUCACCCUGGACUAUGAGGCCGGACGCCUGACCCUCCUCGACACUGACACCCAAGUGCCCAUCUUCACCUUCACCACCUCUUUCUGCAGCAGGGUCUUCCCUUUCUUUGCCGUCUGGAAAAAAGGCUCCUGCCUUACUUUGAAAACCUGAUGUUGGGCGCGCUAAGUGUGGUGUAGCCCAGACAGCCGCGCCCUAGAACCCAACUC